ACACCAUUGACAUCGACUUGUGGUACUUCCGACAUAAGAUGUGGGAUAAUGGGUUGGAUGAGCUCCAGAUAUCGUGUACUGUGAGUGACGCCUUUCUCACUCCCGAUGGCAACCAUCAGGACAUACUGCUGGCCACGGAUGUCGAGUACAGCUAUAUUAAGAGUUUCAAAGGUAAAGCAGUUAACGACAGGUGCCAAACGGACAGCGAGUGCGGGGACAACAUGUUCUGCCUGAACACCGGCACCGGUAACCCAGGGAUCACCGCCACUACAUGCCAGUGCCGUAUGGACUACAUAACGGGUGUCCAAUACGUGCAGAUUAUGGACGACAAGUACAACGAGUGGUUGUGCGCACCGCCACUACUG